AUGCAGUAUACGGAUUUCAAAACUGUACUGAAUAGCUCGAGUUACAAAGUCGGUGCGAGAAGGGCUCACCGUAUACAGACGACAUUGAAUGGUGGAUUUGAGCAUACUCGAAUUUCUGAAAUUGACUUUAAGAAUUUUAAGAGGGAUGCAGUUGCUUGUGUUGGGAAUAAGGACGCGAAGAUGUUGAUUAAUAAACAAUUGAACAAAUGUGAUAUUAUCCCCGGUUAUUUUUUCGAAUACAAGUGCAAUGAACAGGAGUUGAGCGCAAAUUUCUGCGCAGAUGAAGUGGCUAGAAUUAACUACAAAGAAUUCGGUGAUGUCAUAUCGUUUGACGGGACGUUUCGUAUGAACAAGCAUGCAAUGAUUUUUGUUCCAUUCUUGGUUGUUGACAAUCACAAAGCUUCCGUUGUUGUUGGCUCCGCUCUAAUAAGUGGCGAGACAAUUGAAAACUUUACAUGGGUUCUCAAAGCUUUCCUAAAAUGUCAUGAGAAGCAACCAAUUUUCGUGAUUAUGGAUCAAUGUUCGGCAAUGAAGCAAGCUAUUGCAUUGGUGUUUACGGAAGCCAUGCACAGACUCUGUAUGUGGCACAUUAUUAAGAAGGUGCCUUCUAAGGUCAGUGUCGCUCUAAAUCAAGAUCAUGUGUUUAAUAAAGUUAUCAACAAGCUCGUAUGGAACAUACAUAUUGGUCCAGUGGAGUUCGAAAGACGGUGGCAUGAGAUGAUCGAUCAAUACAAUUUAGGUGGUGAUUUGUGGUUCACAGACUUGUAUGACAUCCGACACUCAUGGAUUACUGCCUUUUAUAAGGACACGUCGAUGUCUGGUCUGAUAAAAACAACAUCAAGAUCGGAAAGUUCGAAUUCGUAUAUUAAUAUAUACGAAUCGUUUUGGUUUGAUUUGGUUCAAUUUCUUAAUAAUUACGAUGUAGCUAUAGAGAAACAAAGAUACAAACAAUCUAUGCAUGAAACAGUAACGAGAACCACUUAUCCAAAGUUUGUUACUCCAUUGUGUUUAGAAAGCCAUGCAUCAAGUAUUUACAGUCGAAGUGUGUUUUUUGACAUCCAAAAGGAAAUAAAGAAGGUCGUAUGGUUUUAUGUUAUAGAGACGGUCAAAUGUCGGGAUAAUCUCAAGGCGUUCGUGAUAAGCCACAAGACCAAGAAAUCAUCUGACAACAUCACAUGGGAGCAUAAUCUUGACAAAUUCAUGGUUGAUAUAGAAAAAGAAGUUCCAUAUGAAGACCCAUCCCAACAGAAGUUGGAUGCGAUCAGAGAUCAUCUAGGUGUUUCCAUACCUGAUGAGGUGGACAUUCUACCACCAUCUGGAAUAAGGAACAAGGGUUGUGGUACUGGUAAGAGGCUGGCUUUCAGUGGUGUUGAUACGCUAUGUGCGGUUUAUGAUGUGUUAUUGAAUUAUCAAGGUGCGUUAUAA